AUGUUCCGCUGCAUCCUGAACAACCCCAAGAAAGCCACCGGGAACAGUGUCGUCGACGUCACCGCCGGCCGCAACACGAGGCCGCGAGGUGGAUUCAGCUUCGACUUCGAGCAGUACAUGUCUGCCAACGGCAAGGCUGUGAACGAAGCGCUGGACCGCGCCUUGCCUGUUUGCCAGCCCGAGCGCCUCAACGAGUCCAUGCGCUACUCCGUCCUCGCUGGCGGCAAGCGUGUGCGCCCCAUCCUCGCCAUCGCCGCGUGCGAGCUCGUCGGCGGCUCCGCGGCCGCGGCCACCCCCGUCGCCUGCGCCGUGGAGAUGGUCCACACCAUGUCGCUCAUCCACGACGACAUGCCGUGCAUGGACGACGACGCCCUUCGCCGCGGCCGCCCGGCCAACCACGUCGCCUUCGGCGAGGACACCGCGCUGCUCUCGGGCGACGCGCUCCUCGCUCUGGCGUUUGGGCACCUUGCCCGCGGCUGCGCGGACCUGGGUGUUGUCCCCGCGGAGCGCGCGCUUCGGGCCGUGGCCGAGCUCGGGAACGCCGCGGGUGCCGGGGGCGUGGCCGCCGGACAGGUCGCCGACAAGGCGUCCGAGGGCAAGCCCGUGAGCCUCGCCAUGCUGGAGUAUAUCCACCUACAUAAAACCGCGCGGCUCAUCGAGGCCGCAGCCGUGUGCGGCGCCAUUGUUGGUGGAGGUACGGACGGCCAGAUUGAGAGUGUCCGGCGGUACGCGCGCUCCGUCGGCCUCCUCUUCCAGGUGGUGGACGACGUGCUGGACGUGACGCGCACGUCGGAGCAGCUCGGGAAGACGGCGGGUAAGGACCAGGCAGCCGACAAGGCCACGUACCCGAAGCUUCUGGGCGUCGAGCAGGCGCAGGCCUACAUGGCCGAGCUCCUGGCGAUGGCCGAGGCGGAGCUCCAGGGGUUCGACGCCGAGCGCGCCGCGCCGCUACACCAUCUGGCAAGGUUCAUUGCCUACAGGCAGAACUGA